GAAUUUUACUUCCAUUUUUGCYAACGAAAUCGAAAAUGGCGUCUGUCAGUAUUUUGAUGGAACCUGUGAGUUUUGGCGGCUCAAAAAUGUCCUCCAACGAGGAUGAUUUUACCCAUUCGGUCACAGUCGCACAAACGAACAUCAGUGUUCGACUUGGGUUUCUAAGAAAAGUCUAUGGAAUAUUGAGUACCCAGCUUGGUCUUACCAUAUUGGUAUCUGCUUUGUUCAUGAACACACCRGGGAUCAAGAGUUUUGUCCAGCAAAGACCAGAGAUUUUGAUUGUUGCAUUCCUACUGUCUAUGGGAUUCCUUAUUGCYCUAAUGUUCAAAAGACGAGAAAGUCCAAUGAAUAUGUACCUUCUCUUYGGCUUUACCCUUGUUGAAGCAUAYACCCUUGGAACACUGGUUACCUUCUUUGACAAAAUGAUUGUCUUGGAGGCAUUUGGAAUGACAGCUGCCACAACCAUUGCAUUAACUAUGUACACAUUCCAAAGCAAGAGGGAUUACAGCUCAUGGGGGGCAGGAUUAUUCACAGUGCUAUGGAUCUUAAUUUGUGCAGGGUUUAUGCAGUUUUUCUUCCAAAGUGAGGUACUGGAGAUGGCAUAUGCUGUGACAGGUGCCGUGCUGUUUUCGGCAUUCAUUGUUUUUGAUACUCACAUGUUAAUGCACAAGACAUCACCAGARGAAUACAUCAUGGCAUCAAUUAACCUCUACCUGGACAUCAUUAACCUAUUUAUCCACAUACUCAGGAUCCUGGAUUCAAUGAAAAGGCACUAACUUCAAUGGGAUCUGUCAUUUAAUAUAAAUUACUAAAACCUUAAUCUUACUGCCGUUUGCAUUGCUACRCGGCCACCCCAGACAA